GGAGUCUAUUCGCCAAACGUGUUCGCUCAACAUCCAUUGUUCAAGCAAUUGGGCUUUGUCUUCUUCCAGAAUUAUAUUGUGGCUGACGCUUUCCCAUUCGACACACAGGCGGUACACGAAGAGGAAAGAAGGAGAAGAGAAAGAGACUGCAAACUAAGGUUGUUUUUUAUGGCAACCUUUGCCUCCUUUCUCUCCUCAUCUCUUCCUCCUCCUCUGUUCCUCUCCUUUUCCAACCCCCACAAUUCCCCUUCUUCCUCUCUUUCCUUCCCUCUUUCUCCUCUGACUUCUACUCUUAACUCAAACCCUAGAAAAAUCCGAACCCUAAUUCUUGCUUCCUCUAAUUCCGACUCCUCUUUCGAUGAUUUCGUUUUUGAUCGCAAGUCGGGUUCUACUGAUAAGAAAUCAGUUCUCUCAGAUUUGAUACAAGAAAUAGAACCAUUGGAUGUGAGUCUUAUUCAGAGAGAUGUUCCACCUACUACAUUGGAUGCUAUGAAGAGGACUAUCUCUGGAAUGUUGGGCUUACUUCCAUCUGAUCGCUUUAAAGUUUUCAUUGAGUCUUUGUGGGAACCCCUCUCCAAGUUAUUGGUCUCCUCAAUGAUGACUGGGUAUACAUUGCGGAAUGCUGAGUAUAGGCUUUGCCUUGAAAGAAACCUCUAUGCGCAUGAAGGAAAUAUUGAAAACCAAAAGCCAGAAAACUCUAAACAUAAUUUGCAAGGAACAGAGGUAGACAGUGCGAAAGCAAAUCAAUAUUAUGGAAAAAAUGUCAAAUUUGAAAAAAGAACUGAAGAUCCAUCUGAUAAUAUUAGUAUUGAAGGCCUUGGUGAAAUGUCCUCUGAAGCUCGGCAAUAUAUUCUUGAUUUGCAGUCUCGUUUAUCUUCUGUUAAAAAGGAACUGCAUGAAGUCAAGAGGAAAAGCGCUGCUCUUCAGAUGCAACGGUUUGUUGGUGAAGAAAAGAAUGAUUUACUGGACUACUUAAGAUCACUACAACCAGAAAAGGUGGCUGAGUUGUCAGAACCUACAUCCCCUGAAUUGAAAGAAAUAAUCCAUUCUGUAGUCCAUGGUCUCCUUGCAACUCUUUCACCUAAGAUGCAUUCCAAAGUUCCACCUCAAUCAGAGAAUGCAUCAACUGGAACACGGAAUAUUGGGAGUGAAGAUUGUGCAGAACUUGUUGAAAACACUUCACUUCAGUUCCAGCCCCUCAUUUCUUUAACAAGGGAUUAUCUGGCGCGUCUACUCUUCUGGUGUAUGCUUCUGGGACACUAUCUUCGAGGCCUCGAGUAUCGGAUGGAGUUGAUGGAACUUCUAUCCUUGACAAGCACUGUGGAAAAAAUUGAUGCUUGUGGAGAUGAUCAAGUGGCUUGAAGGUAUUCUAUUUCACAUGCUUCCAUCUGUACAUAGAGAUGUUUGUUGGUGUAUACAAAAUUUGUUUAUCAUCAUGAAGAGGCUUGAAGUGAGAUGGGCGAUUAUGCUUUUGAGGAUGAAUAAAUCAUUUACUUUUAUGUGUAAAAGAAUACUUAUUUUGUUUAUUUUAAGAAUACUUAUUGAAAUUUGUUGUGUAAUUAUUCUGGUUAGAGGAAAAAGAAAACUGGUGUUUUUUGAUC